GGUGCACACACGCAAGACUCCAUCUUGAGCAUCUUUAGUCAAGGCAAUUGGACAUCCAUACAUUCUGCCAAAUAACAUUAAAAGCCUGUUUAUGGUAUAUGAAUAGCAUUAACACGGGCAGCGAUGGAAACGUGGCAUGUUGUUUUCAUCAGCCUUGACUGAGUGAAAGGCGAGAACGAGGCGAUACAGACCGCCGUUUGGUCAUGAAGGCUCUCUAACGACUCUUUGCACUGUCAGCUGUCUCCGAUCGGUGUUGUGUUCAGUCAUCGGUUUAUCGGCAAAGAAUGACUGUGAGGCUGCAGCCGUGCAGGAUGACAUUGUGGAAGCUGGCUCUGCUGCUGCUGGUGCUCUGCCUGUGGAUUGAUGAGGGCUCCACCAAAGAGAAGGGCACCAAGAAAGGCAAGAAGAAGGGGAAGCAGGUCUACUGCCCCUCGCAGCUCUCGUCUGAGGACCUGGCUCGCGUCCCCGCCAACUCCACCAGCAACAUCUUGAACAGGUUACUGAUCACCUACGACCCCCGCAUCAGACCCAACUUCAAAGGAAUACCAGUGGAAGACAGAGUCAACAUCUUCAUCAACAGCUUUGGGUCCAUCCAGGAAACCACCAUGGACUACAGGGUGAACAUCUUCCUGCGUCAACGCUGGAACGACCCUCGCCUGCGACUGCCGCCGGACUUCAAGUCCGAGUCGUUGACGGUCGACCCCAAGAUGUUCAAAUGCCUGUGGAAGCCCGACCUGUUCUUCGCCAACGAGAAGAGUGCCAACUUCCACGACGUCACACAGGAGAACAUCCUGCUCUUCAUCUUCCGCAACGGAGAUGUGCUCAUCAGCAUGAGGUUAUCCGUCACUCUGUCCUGUCCUCUGGACCUGACUCUGUUUCCCAUGGAUACGCAGCGAUGCAAGAUGCAACUGGAAAGCUUUGGCUACACCACAGAUGACCUGCAGUUCAUGUGGCAGUCGGGGGACCCGGUGCAGAUGGAAGAGAUUGCCCUGCCUCAGUUUGACAUCAAACAGGAAGACAUUGAGUACGGCAACUGCACUAAGUUCUAUGCAGGCACAGGUUACUACACCUGCGUGGAGGUGAUCUUUACGCUGCGUCGGCAGGUGGGCUUCUACAUGAUGGGCGUGUACGCGCCCACCCUGCUCAUCGUUGUACUGUCCUGGCUCUCAUUCUGGAUCAACCCCGACGCCAGUGCUGCCCGCGUGCCCCUGGGGAUCCUGUCGGUGCUGUCGCUGUCGUCGGAGUGCACGUCUCUGGCCUCGGAGCUGCCCAAGGUGUCAUAUGUGAAGGCCAUCGACAUCUGGCUGAUCGCCUGCCUGCUGUUUGGUUUCGCCUCGCUGGUGGAGUACGCAGUGGUGCAGGUCAUGCUCAACAGCCCCAAGCGCAUCGAGGCCGAGAAGGCCAAGAUGGCCAGCAAGGAGAAGGCAGCAGGAAAGACCCCCACCAAGAACAACACCGUCAAUGGCACCGGAGGAACCCCUAUCCACGUCAGCACCCUACAGGUGACAGAGACCAGGUGUAAGAAGGUCUGCACCUCCAAGUCUGACCUGCGCACCAAUGACUUCAGCAUCGUGGGGUCACUACCCCGCGACUUUGAGCUCUCGAACUUUGACUGCUACGGCAAGCCCAUCGAGACGGCCGGUGGCCAUGGCAAGACGGCCACCAAGAACAACAAGAAGCCACCGCCGCCGAAACCGGUCAUCCCCUCCGCUGCCAAACGCGUCGACCUCUACGCCCGAGCUCUCUUCCCUUUCACUUUCCUCUUCUUUAACGUCAUCUACUGGUCUGUGUAUCUGUGAGCAGCACACACACACACACACACACACACACACACCAAACCCUGUGUCUGUUUGGCACUGUGAAAUGUCCAUGAACAUGUAUACACGCAUAUUUACAUGCAUUUACACACUCUUAGAUGUGGACAUGAGUAGAUGCAGACAUACACACAGUUAGACCUAGACACAAACUUCACACAUGCUCAGAUAUACACAUGCUCUCUCUUUCUCUUUCUCUUCUUAAUCUUUUCUCUCUCUUCCUGUCUUCCAUUCAAAGCCAUUCUGUCCCUUUGGCAUCAAAAUGAGUGCAGUUCUUCUCUUCCACUUGUGCACUUAGAGAGAACCAACUAAAACUCAUCACGUACAAGAGCUAAUGCUGCAACAGUGCUUUGGUUUUGUAAAUACAUGGCAUGAAAUCAUGCUAGCCUCUAAAUAUUAUAGUUUGGGGAGCUUGAAAAUAAAUUAUUUGCAGAUAGGAAAUAAAUUAAAUAUGCUAUAUAUAAAUAUAUGUUUUGCUAUUUUGUUCACAUUAGCACAACAUAUUAAAAAAACAAAUCAAACAUUAUAUUAUUAUCAUGCAUGCUAGGAAAUAUUAAAUUAUAUAUGAGAAGACAUUAUUAAAUGCUAUAUGAGAUGCUAAAGGGGCUUGGGGGGCAUUUGUAUUCUAUUCUAUUUGGUUCGGCUCCUGUACCUGACUUGAAUGGGGUUGAUGUUGUAGUCCUGAGGGAUGGUGUCACUCACUGCCACUUUAGAACUGUGUCUUUUGAUGAUCUCCCACGUCCAGCUCCCCUCCUGCCAGACAUGCGUAUGAUCUGGUCAGCUCCCCUCCUGCCAAACAUGCGUAUGAUCUGGUCAGCUCCCCUCCUGCCAGACAUGCGUAUGCUCCGGUCAGCCGCCCUCCUGCCAGACCCUCCUAUGCUCCGGUGCCUUUUGGCGAGCCAGCCAGCCACCGACCGAGCAAAUCCAGACCUCUCCGCUGUGUUUGUAGAGUUUACAAGGCCAAGAAGACCUAAAGCCUUCUCACUCCUGCCAUCACGUCUCUAUCUCUCUCUGUGGCUUUCUCCUUACGAUAAAUAAAACAACACGCUGAUGAAAUGCCAUCCAAUCCAAGCCAUGUUGUGUAUAUUUCUAUGCAUUUAUACUCACAAUGUGAACUUCUAUAUUUAUCUCAAUAAAAAAGGAUGCCUAUUGCAAAUGCUU